AUGGUAGGCGCCGCACCACGAAAUUCAACAAGAACUCGACGAGGAAGAACGAACGGUAGCUCGCAGAAGUCUCGCGCAAAUGCAACUCGCAAUACUUCUUCAUCCACGCCUCGUAAUAACCCCUCUCGCUCUAAAUCAAAUGGUCCUCGAACGAUUAAUGCGUUCUUUCUGUUCAUGAAUUCUAUCCGACUCCAAUCUCGCACGUCCCGGUUUCAAUGUACCCUCCAGCGCUUGUUUACCAAAAAAGUGGGAGAUUGCUGGAGACAGAUGUCUGAGCAAGACCGAUUACGAUGGCAUCAAGAAGCAGAAAAAUUAAAAAGAGAACGAGGGGGAAGCUCGUACAUUGGAGAAUACACCUUGGGGGCCGAAGACAGUAUUACAAGCUGUGAAACAAAGAAAGAGAUAGAGGAUGAAUACGUAUUUGUCAAUUAUACGCCGGGAGAGAAAACCUUUAAGGGUGGUAUUGUAAAGAAUAAGAACAAUAACAAGCAAAAUGUCGCAACAAAGUCAACGGAUAGAUCUGCCGGUGAAGGACAUGUUAACAACCUUGUCGACGGAUCGCCGGUUAAUUAUAAUAGCGCUACGACUACCGGUCCUGUUACGUUGGAUUCAUUUCCGGCUCCUACACCAGUCAUAGUCACCGUGUUGGGGCAGGUCAUCCAGGGUGGUGACUAUAACCCAAUUGACACCUACUGUUACUAUCCUACACCCACCUUGCCGGAAACUUUAUUCCUACAGCAAUAUCAGGUAUCUCAAUUCUCUGGUCAAGCUUGGCUGAUGGCAGACAAUUACGAUCAUCCAAAUGAUAUCAACACUAAUAAGACGGUGUGA